AUGGCUGAAAACGUAUGCCGUCGUCGUGGCAUUCUUUCAUAUUUAAAAUUUCCUUUAAGUGAUAUAACGCGUCAAAAUUCAAACUUGUGCCGAGAUGAUUCUGAACCUUUAUUACAAAUCUCUGAAGCACCACCUAAAAAGAGAAUAAAGUUGGAGGAUUUUCAGCCAUGCCAACCAAGAUUUACUGAUAACAAAGAAAAUGAUAUUAUAUCAACAACUACAUAUCGUAAUAAGUUAAAGAAACCAUAUGCCGGCUUAACAUCCCAGCAUGCCUUAUUUCGCAGAGAACUUUGGGGUACAGCAAUUGGCGGAUCAGCUAUGGCGUCUACAAGAUGGAUUGCAUCGACUCGAUUUUUCAUGAAAGAUUUUACGAGCUCUGAUAAAGAUAUAUUUAAGUUUCUUGGGGAUCGAGGACUAGUCGCGCCAUUCGCAUGCUCUUUCAGUCACGCUGUUCAAGAUGGAAAAUGUUUAGCAGUAGCCGAUGAAGAAGGCACAGUAGGUUUGAUAGAUGCGAGAUACGAUAAUACCAUAGAGACUGAACGAGUUCGAACGGAAUUUCGUGCUCACGAUAACGCAGUAUUUGAUUUAAUGUGGAGUCCUGAUGACCGACAUAUGGUGACGGCGUCAGGUGACCAAACCGCCCGCCUAUGGGAUGUAGAAUUACAACAAUGUAAAGCUGUCUUUCUUGCACACACUUGUAGUAUCAAAUCAGUCAACUACAAUUCGACUGAUCCAAAUAUGUGGGUAACUGCUUCAAGAGACGGUAAUAUUUUUAUCUGGGAUGUUCGAACAACUGGCAUGCAAACACCGGAAGGACCGGAAGGAGAAAUGUUUUAUAAGCCUACCAACAGUAUCAGAUCAGCCCACUCGCCUGACAAUCCGAAAAAGAAGGCAAGGAAGAGUUGUUCUCUUCCACAUAGGAGUAAACCGACAAGCAGUGUAACUGGGGCGUUAUUCUUGAAACAUCAAGAACACUUAUUGGCAUCUUCUGGCGCAAUCGAUGGUAUAAUCAAAUAUUGGGAUUUACGAAACCACAGUAAUACAAAAGCCUCGCAACCAGUUCAACUUUCAAUUAACGGUGCAACCGCUAAGCGUCCUCAUGGUAUAUCCGCGUUGAUUUUAGACAACAAUGGCACUCGAUUAUAUGCAAACAGCACCGACAACUAUAUUUAUCAGUAUGAUCCUAUCAAUUUGGGUGCACCAUUGACUCGAUUUACUAGUCCAACAUUUCGUUGUUCUUCAUUUUACAUUCGCAUGGCAAUUUCACCUGAUGAUAGAUACAUCAUCAGUGGAUCAAGUGAUAAAUGUGUAUAUAUGUGGGAAACGGAUUUUCCGGACGAAAAUCCUAUUGUUUUGAAAGCUCACGAGAAUGAAGUGACUAGUUUGAGUUGGUCAAGGGAUCUCGAAAUGUUUGCUUCCUGUUCGGAUGAUGCUUCUUUACGUUUUUGGAGAGUCGACAAACCUUACUAG